ACUAUCUCUCUGUCUUGUAAAACGUGGCAUGUGCAUAACUCCUUUGGGCUUCUGCCUCCGGUUUAUUGUCAACCGAAAAGCCCUAAAUCUUGAAAGGACGACAUCUAAUGUUCUAUCUGUAUUGUUAUUGAAAUAUGCUAUAGGCAAACUUGGCUUGGUGUUAGGACAAAUUUAGUUUCAUAAAAAAUUCUAAAAUUUUUUUUAAGUGUCUUAUUGCAGACUGUACUGGGAAGAGAGUGGAAGCUGAUCAAUUAUCAUGGAUGUUGAAGAUCAACCUUCCUCAAAGCUGAUCAAUUAUCAUUGAUGUUGAAGAUUGACCCUCCUCGAAGCUGAUUAAUUAUCAUUGAUGUUGAAGAUUGACCCUCCUCGAAGCUGAUUAAUUAUCAUGGACGUUGAAGAUCAACCCUCCUCGAAGCUGAUUAAUUAUUAUUGAUGUUGAAGAAUAACCCUCCUCGAAGCUGAUCAAUUAUCAUGGAUGUUGAAGAUCAAGCCUCCGCGAAGCGUAAAAUAUUUCUCAAGCACACAGUUCUCACUAAAAUUCUUAACAAGGGCUUCUCUCAUGGAGAACUUUUUAUUUCACAGGACGGAAAUAUUGGAUUGAGGGAGGAGAAAAAAGAAACAACUUUCCGUGGAAAAGGAGAAUUUUCAUCCUCUCUCCCCGUUCUACCCAUCCGCAGCAGGUCUGGUGGCUCGGAAAGAAAAUCUUCCUCAGCAUUCAGUGCAGGAUGUCAUUGGAAUUUGGCCAAUUAUGUUGAGCCAGCUACCAGAAGACAAUCCAGAUCUUGUUCCUCUACCAGUACCCGGAGAACAAAACCUCUUCCUGAAUCAGAUUUAACCCGGAGAUCUAAACCUCUCCCUGAAUCAGAUUCAACCUGGAGAUCUAAACCUUUCCCUGAAUCAGAUUCAACCCGGAGACCUAAACCUGUCUCUGAAUCAGAUUCAACCUGUAGAUCUAAACCUCUCCUUGAAUCAGCUUUAACCCGUAGAUCAGAUUCAAGUCCUGUCACUGAACUCUUUGAAUCCAACCCUCCUCCUCUUCCCCCAAAGCAGCGGAAACUAGUGUCCAGUGUGCACAGUCUAGGUUCUCAAGUGUCCAAAUCUCCGUCCUUCUCCUCGAAAGGUUCAGUUUACUCUGUACAAUCUAUUCCUCUUCCCAGGCAAGCGUUUCAGGAGAGUUCCUUAACAAGUUCUACAUCCGAUACAUCUGGUUUCUCUCUAGUCUCGUCAAAACAGAGGAGUGCAUGUCCAGGAUCCUGUCUCACACAUCUCAAAAUACAAACUAAGACUGGAAGUUUGCGUUGUAAAAGAAAGAAGCCCAAAGCGCCCCCUCCUCCAAAAACUAGUUCUCCAAAAGUUUUAAAAACUGCAAAUGAGAUUUAUUCAUCAUUAUCUUCCUUCACUCUGCACGAGGGAUAUACAGAGGACUCUCUACCAUCUUUAUCUGAUUUUUCCUCCGACUCUGAGAAAAGUGAACAAAAUAAGAAAAUGCUUUAUAAAAAAAGGAAUAAGCAUCGUCACUGCAGUUCAGAAUCUCUGGAAUUAGAUUUAAGAGAAAGUAUUUCGUCUGAAACAAAGCAUAGUUUAUAUUCUCUAACCCGUCCUCCAAGCUUCAUAAUCAAGUUUCAAGACAGUAUAAAGGAAUUAAAGAUGGAUGAGCUGUUGCAUAUAUCAGCUGGUUAUAUGACAACUUGUAUGACCAGCAGCUACUCAUUACAGGAUAUAUUCUAUAAUGAAGCACAGCUAAACAAGGUGAUGGUGAGUGCGUAUUCUAAUCAUGAAAAAGAAAUUGUUCUCCCACCAGCGGCUCUCAAGAAAGUUCUCAGAAGUUGUUAUGAUGAUUCUACAAAUGAGAUUUUACUCCCAAUGGCGGUUAUUAUGGAGUAUAUUACCCCCGUCAACAAUAUUGAUGAGCUAGUGUUUGUGUCAAAAAGUGAAAUAGAUCGCCAUCUUACACUUGUGGAUUCGAUAGACAGGCUACUGUACGUUACAGAUAUGGAGAGGAAGGUGACCGUGGAUACUAAAUAUAUUGAAUAUGCAACUGAAGAUUCUGCUUUCCUUACUCUUUUGAUUAAAUAAAUUUGUUUUUAUAAA